AUGGCUCGCACGAAACGUGCCAAGGUGGUCUCGCUCACAAAGACCAAGGCGAAAACACGCGAAAACAAAGAAAACUUUGUCGAAAAUGUGCGCGAGGCCGCGAACCAAUACGCAUAUAUAUGGAUAUUCGCUGUUAGCAACAUGCGCAAUGCGUACCUGGGAGAAGUACGUCGUCUCUGGACUGGCUCGAAGAUUUUCUUCGGAAAGCUGCGCGUGAUUGCCAAGGCACUCGGAGAGACGACAGAAGAAGAAAUUCGCCCUGGUCUGGGACAGGUCUCUCAACGACUACGUGGAAAUGUCGGUCUCCUCAUGACUGACUCACCGCCAGCCGAAGUCUUGGACUGGUGCAAUGACUACCGUCGGAUUGAAUUUGCGCGCAUGGGAAAUCGCGCCACAGAGACCAUCAUUUUACCCCCAGGUCCCAUUUACUGCCGAAGCAACCCGCCAGAGACGCUUCCGCACAAUCUCGAGCCACAACUUCGUGCUCUCGGUAUGCCCACACAGCUUAAGCGUGGUGAACCAACCCUCUUGGAGGAAUUCACCGUGUGUAGGAAGGGAGAGAAGCUUAGCGCCGAGAAGGCUCAGAUCCUUAAGCAUCUGUUUGUGCAGAUGGCCCAUUUCCGUCUCAUACCCCUAGCAUACUGGUCAGCUGUUGGUGUGCCUGGCCAGCAUGAUGAGGGUGCCGUCGUGGAUGUGCCGGUGUCCAACGAGGAUCGCGAGCUUAUAGAGUCCUCGCGAAGUACAACCACAAUGUCCGAUGAGCCGCGUAAGAGCGGGGGGUUGCGCAAUGAAGCCAAUGACAUGGAAGAUGCACAAGUCGAUGAUGACGACGAAGAUGAUGACGAAGACAUGCAUGACGAAAUGGAUGACAUCGAAGAGCGUGACAAGGCGAUGAUGCUUCCAGAGGGUAUGAAACUAUAG